CACUACAGCCAUGGCUGACACACAAGAUACUACUGCAGACGUAAACAUGGCUGACCCCGGUUCCUCGGUGAUAGAGAGCUCUAAAACCCCGGUGUGCAGUUUUAUGUUUAAGAAAACGACCAGAAAAUUCGCCGGACGGAAGCGAAGGGACGAGGAUAAGGAAAGCAGCGAAGAAAAAGACGAGGAGGAAGCAUCUGUGGUUAAAAGGAAGAAGAGGGAGAACAUCAACCUCAUGGUGCAAAAGACAAAGCAAAGAGUGAAGGAAGUGGAUUAUAAAACAAGCAGCAGCGAUGAGGAGAAGUCUACCAGCUCUAUAAGUGUCAGCUAUAAAUCUACACGCUCAGCGAAACCUGUAGGUCCUGAUGACAUGGGAGCAACAGCCAUCUAUGAGCUGGACACAGAGAAAGACAAGGAUGCACAGGCAAUAUUUGAAAGAAGCCAGAAAAUACAGGAGGAACUUAAGGGAAAGGAAGAUGAUAAGAUCUAUCGAGGUCUGCACAAUUACCAGAAAUUCAUUAAACCUAAAGACACAUCCUUAGGGAAUGCAUCUUCCGGCAUGGUCAGGAAAGGUCCAAUCCGAGCCCCAGAACAUCUCAGAGCCACAGUGCGAUGGGACUACCAACCAGAUAUUUGCAAAGAUUACAAGGAAACAGGAUUUUGUGGCUUUGGAGACAGCUGUAAAUUUCUUCACGACCGCUCUGACUACAAACAUGGCUGGCAGCUAGAGCGAGAACUCGAGGAGGGACGUUAUGGCGCCAAUGAUGAGGAGAAUUAUGAGGUUAGCAGCGAUGAAGAAGACAUGCCCUUUAAAUGUUUCAUCUGCAAAGAUUCCUUCAAGAACCCAAUUAUUACUAAGUGUAAGCAUUAUUUCUGCGAGGGUUGUGCCCUGCAGCAUUACCGUAAAUCCCAGCGUUGCUAUGUGUGUAAUACACAAACAAAUGGAGUGUUUAACCCAGCUAAAGAAUUGAUUGCAAAGAUGGAGAAGCACAAAGCCAAGCAGGAAGACAGCGAUUCCCCUGAAGAACAGGGCUAGCUGAUUUUCCCGCACUUUUUUUUUUUUUUUUUAUUCAAUAAACUUUAUAUAAAAAUGUGUACUUCUUUCUGUAUUGUA